AAUUAGUGUAUAUGGUCAUAUGGAUGUUCCAUCCGGCCCAAAUGGAAAAUAACACGGAGUACACCGUAAUUUAUCAGCAACUGCCGACCUUCGGAUGUCCGGGUUCGAUUUUUAAGCAGUUCAGCAUUCACGGAAUCUGCAGGUCUGUCCACCACUGCACCAGCCUCCAGCCUACCAGAAGACGGCGGUGCUGACCACCUACGGCCUACCGGCUACCGUGCUCUGCCAGCUGCCCCAACCCGCCGGUCCGCCACACGCCAAGCCUGAUUUCAGGCCAGCCGUUGCCGCUGCCCCAGUCUUCUGCACUGCCUCACCUACACGUCGUAUAAAUCCCCCGAUUUCCGUGACUAUUCAUCAAGGGUCAUGGCUCAUAGACUAUUAAGAGAUGCUGAAGCUGAUGGUUGGGAAAGAUCUGACUUUCCAAUUAUAUGCGAGUCAUGCCUUGGUGAUAGUCCAUACGUUCGAAUGACUAAAGCUGAUUAUGACAAGGAAUGCAAGAUUUGCACCCGCCCCUUUACUGUGUUUAGAUGGAGGCCUGGUCGAGAUGCACGAUACAAAAAAACAGAGAUAUGCCAAACUUGCAGCAAGUUGAAGAAUGUUUGCCAAGUUUGCCUUCUGGAUCUUGAAUAUGGAUUGCCAGUUCAGGUUCGAGACACGGCACUUAGUAUUGAUUCCAAUGAUGCCAUUCCAAAGAGUGAUGUGAACAGAGAAUACUUCGCUGAGGAGCAUGACCGCCGGGCGAGAGCUGGGAUAGAUUACGAGUCUUCUUAUGGGAAAGUCCGUCCAAAUGAUACUAUAUUGAAGCUUCAACGAACAACCCCAUACUAUAAGAGAAACCGAGCACAUGUUUGCAGUUUUUAUGUUCGGGGUCAAUGUACAAGAGGUUUGGAAUGCCCAUACAGGCAUGAGAUGCCUGAAACUGGGGAGCUGUCACAGCAGAAUAUUAAAGACCGUUACUAUGGAGUAAAUGAUCCUGUUGCAAUGAAACUGCUGGGCAAGGCAGGUGAAAUGCCUUCAUUGGAGCCUCCCGAUGACGAGAGCAUAAGGACACUAUAUGUGGGUGGGGUUGACGCAAGAAUUACCGAGCAGGACCUUAGGGAUCAGUUUUACGCACAUGGUGAAAUUGAGUCCGUAAAAAUGGUGCUGCAGAGAGGAUGUGCUUUCAUAGCAUAUACCACAAGAGAAGGUGCAGAGAGGGCUGCGGAGGAACUUGCAAACAAGCUGGUCAUCAAGGGACUGAGGCUCAAACUACUGUGGGGCAGACCACAGGCACCAAAACUCCCCGAGUCUGAGAUGACUGCUGAUGAGGCAAGACAUCAAGCCGCAACUGUGGCUCAUAGCGGGUUGUUGCCUAGGGCUCUAAUAUCACAACAGCAGCAGCAGAUCGGUGGGCAGGACCCACCCACGCCCAUGCCUUACUUUAACAUUCCACCGAUGCCACCUCAGCCAGACAGGGCGGGUGCAUUGUAUCCUUCUAUGGACCCUCAAAGGAUGGGAGCCCUUUCUUCGGCUUCAGGGUCAGGUGAAAAUAGAAGCUCUGGUCCUGAUAAACAACCACCACAAGGAGGUGGAUAUCCAUUUGCAUAUCCUCCUCCUGUGCCACCACCUCAUGGUCAAUUUUACCCUCCUUAUUAUCCUCAACAAUAUGGAGGUUAUAUAAUACCUCCCCCUCCUCCACAGUCUUAUCAGCAGUACCCUCAUCCUCCUUAUCAAGCUACAAUGCCACCUCCACCCAGUGGCGGGCAAGCGCCACAACAGCAGCAGUCACAGCCAGUUCCAGGCCAACACAGACCGGUUGCGCAGCUAGAAUCUGGGCAGCAAUCUUGAUCAAGGCAUUCUUGUUAUGUUUGUGUGAUGGAUUCUUUAACAGGAUAUUCUAUUACUCUUUUCAAAAGAUAAUCGUCAUCUUUCUACAUAGUACGAUUAUUAUUUUCCCAGUGAACUCAGAUUUGAGAUGAUUUUAUAAAGAUGCUUCAGGUUCUUCAAACUGUGGGGAGUGGCGUGCCGCCAUGACUCCAUGAGGAAUUAAGGAAACUAGUUUGGACAUUUGUGAACUACAAUAGUUUGUGUUAACCAGAUGAGGUGUUGCUUUUGAACCCUACUCUUCCAAGUGCUCUUAUUGAUGACAAGUUCUCAUUGUU